AUGCUCCAAACGUCUUUGAUCGUAAAGUUCGUCGGGAGCGAAGGGGCAAAAGCGGCGGCGGGGGCGGGGACCGACGACAGCGACGGCGACGACGGCGGCCGGCAGAACGAGCGGGGCCAUCUCCAGCAGCCGGAAGAAGAAGAGCAGGACGUGGAGUGGCCGAUUGAGCUACGAGAAGGAACCGCUCCGAAGGUGUUUCGGGGAGAGGACAGAGUACUGGACGAGGAUGGUGUAGAACAAGGCGUUCAAGGAGCGGCAGCAAGAGCAGAAGGGGAGCGAGUGGUCCGAUGGGUCACCCGGAAGAUAGAGGAAGAGCUCGCCGAGCGGGAGGUGCGGCGUAGCCUCAAGCGAGCGGAGGCAAUCGAAGUGGCAUCCAAGACAGGUCAUUUGAACAUCAUUCUCGGGGCAACUAGAGGAGGAGGAGACGGAGAAGGGGGCAGCAGCGGUGGUGAUGAGAUUUUUUCCUCUAACGCCGGCUGGCUUGUGACAGACGUCAACACUCUGGAUGUGACGGACCCCUUCGACUUCGAGUACGUGCUCGGACCAGAAGGCCUGGCGGACUCAUUUCUAGCGGAGCACGUGUGGGAGCACUUGUCCCUGGAUGACGCUCAUCGUGCCACCAGAAACUGCCAACGAUACCUUCGCCCGGGGGGGCGCCUUCGGCUCGCGGUGCCUGAUCCGGCGUGGUAUCGGACCACGUCUGCACGCACUCCUUCUGUUUCACGCCGUCAUGAGGAUAUCACCACAGGAGAGAGGUCUGCCGAUUGGCCUACCCAGACCCCGGGUGCCAUGCGUGCCGCCGACAUCGAGAACGGUGGGGACCUUCCCACUAGUCGCGACGACGAGGACCAAGUCGUCGCUGGUACGCAUCACGGGAUAGGCGAAGAGGCAGUGUCCGGCGAAGCAACCCGAGGACGAGACGGUGCACGGAGUGGAGGAAGAAAUCUUGAGCUGCCGGGUUGGCUCAACCGGGACAUGCUCGAAGCGGACGCCAGGGACGGCCACCUCGUGCAGUAUACUCCCGAGCUCCUGGCCAACGUCUGCUGGAGCGCGGGACUGACGCCCAUCCUUGUUGAAGGCGGAAGUAUUGUUGGUGGCGGAGGCCGUUCCGGCGGCCGUGUUCACUCCAUAUCGUCCCGAGCAUCGCCAUCAUCGGUGGCGACAAACGAAGCUGCAGCAGAGACGAAUGGCGGAUACAUGGAUGAGCAGCAACACGGGCGAAAUGACCGUUGGGGGGUCAUCAAGAGGAGCGUUGCUGGUGGAGACCCAAGGGGAGCGGUAUCGAUCGUCAUGGAUUGCGUUAAGCCUUCAACGAAAAACAGCAUUGAAGGUCUUCGAGUGCAUCCACCUGAGGUGCACGGCCCGCGGGACAUUGCAGGCGAAGACCAGACCCGUGACCAUCCAGACGGCCAUCCAGUCCUUCUUGACCACACCUGUGGCACAAAACACUCCGAAAACACCCCAGGACCUCCCUCGCUGUCGAGGCCUUCGUCAAGUCAGUCGUCAUCUUCUUCGCCCGUGUCGUCGCGACCACGGCCGCCUGUCAGUGCCAUGGGCCCCAGGAGUUGCGCCGGGCACUUCCUCAAGCCGACGACGGAUGACGCGUGCAACGGUGCUGUCGGUAGGGGUAGUCCUGGCAACGUCCCGGACGAGGAGGGUAGUUUCGGCGGAAACCGCGGUCUUACCGUUGAUCGACAAUUCCGGAAGAGGGAUUCUCUGGCGGAGUGGGUAGCCGAGGCCAGAAAGAGCGGCCGAGUGUACCCACUACGUCCGCCGGUGCCGGACUCGCCCACCACACGACAAACACAAAGCAUGCCACCAGCUCACACCAACAGCGGCAUCAGUGGCGGCGACACGGGCAGCGACAGCACCGGUGGUGGCAGAAUGUUUCCGACCCUUCGCGCCUUGAAGCGCGCCCGUGCCCGCGCCAUGGAUGAUCUGCUCACGGGCAACGUUGCCGGCACCCUUGAGCUGUGCCGCCAGAUCUUGCAAGAAUGGCCGUCCGAUAGCACAACUCUUCUCUAUCAGGGGGCCGCCAUGGCGCAGAGCGGCGAGUGGGGAGUUGCCUGGAACAAUAUGGAGCGCAUUCUCGCGCUAUCUAGCGGCGCGCAGAAAGUGGCACCCCCAUCAGCUCGCAGUAGUCACCGCUUGCCUGUGCAAUCGGGUGUUGGCAUCGUACCCCCUGGCGCUGCAGAAGUGGUCCCACUCGAUGUUUUCUUAGCAGCGGUCGUAAAUAUUGCGUCGUUCGCGGGGAACCGCGCAUCUGAAACUACAGACGUGCUCGCGGAAACUUUUUUUCUUGUUGAGGGCCUGCGUGGAGCUGCGGAUCGACAAGAUGCCGCCGGUCCGGGCAACAAGGUAACACCGUCGAGACCUUCUUCGUCGUCCACGCCAUCGUCAAAGUCUGGAGAGAUUGCAACGACGGCGGAGAAUACGGCCGAAGAAGAAGAGGCCGGAACCAAGUCAUCGCCAGGUGGAAACAACGAAGACGGCCGCGACGGUGGCGGAAAUACAAUAACUGGGGAUUACUACGAGGUCGGAAAGAUCGACGAGCUCACGAACAUUCUCACGGCGCUGGGCAAGGCGCUGGAAGGAAAAGGGCAGCUUACGUCGGCGCUGAGGCUCUACCAGAGAGCUAUCCUCCUCGGCGGUCACCGAGACCAGGCAGCUCUCCGCGGCCUCGGGAGAAUGUCUCGCCGUCUCCUCCAAGUGGAGCGGGAAAAAACGCGCAGACGUGAAACCCCCAUAGCAGGAGCUCCGCGGAAUCUGUCGCCGGGGGCGUCGCCGUCCUCGCCUCCUCCUCCUGGCGACCGUUACUACCGCCAAGGGUACCGAGGCGAGGCAGCAGUUGGAGACUCUGUUGGUUCGAGGCCACACGCGCAGCGGCAACGAGACAGCUGUGAGUGGACUAUCACGCAUCCGAGACCGGGCCAAGUAUUUUCCCCGGAGGACUCGAUCCAGGUGGAGUUCGAUCUGACCCUCCUGGAUCCAGGAUUGCCGUCUGCGGGGUCCCUCUUCGAAACCGUCGCAAUCGGUGGCGACGGCGUUGUCGGUGGCCUUGGGUCGGAAGUAUAUGUGCAGUGGGGCAGAGGAUAUGACGUCGGCGAUGUCAUCGACGAUAACCUGGGCACAAUCGUUUGCAGUCACCUGGAGCACUUUAAAGCGGCACACUGCUUACCGAGAGGACAGCUGCAUGAUGUCGGGCUCGGCUGGCACCUGCUCACUGCAGAGGUUUAUCAGUUCCCCAGCUUGAGACCUUACUCUUGCCCCUUAGGCAGUGGCGGCGGCGUCGGAGGCGGGAACGAGGAUUUCAGCACCAGGACAGUGAGUUUCUGCGUCGGGAAUGCCACCACCGCGUGUAGAGAAGCAGGAAGAGAGAAGGAUACCAGCGGCGAGGACGAUAUCGAAGCUGUCAGACCUACGUCACCACAGCAAGAAUCGAUUGCGGAUGUCUCUCCUCGAGCGGGCGUUGCAGCAACAAGGAAAGCCCCGACCGAAAGAGUGACUUUUUCGGUGGAAAGCCAGGGAGCGGACGUGGAGCUCCCGUUCUGUUUUAUGACCCUCGCGCUGAACGCGAUGCCUUUCAUCACGCACCACGCCCCGACGUUCAACAGAGUCGGCGAAAUCCUUUCCGAGCGUGCUGCUGCUGCUGCCGCGUCAGCCGCCACGUCUACCGCUCAUAACCCCUCCCGAAGCACACGUUCUCCCGCAGACGAUGACGAUUCCAACGGUGAUCUCCCUUUGGGCCCACCCCCACCGCCGCGGCCGGAGUCGUUCUGGGAGUGGAACGUCGUGGAAGGCGUCGCCGCGGGUCGGGCGAACCACGGGAGUCCGUACUCCCGACGGCGCAUCCCGGAUCGAUUCUUCGACCCGAUCACGGGACUAUCCGUAGACGGAACGACGGAAUAUCUUGACGGCCUUGUUGCGAGCGACUUCGGCGCCAAGGCUUCAUGGGGGAAGCGGCGGGUUCGCGUCCACCGUCGGUGUAAAAGUGAACGGACGACCGAGGGGCCCGCUGGAGGAUCGGGCAGCUACCACGGCAAUGCAUCAACCGGACUCUCGACCGGGAUUCCUACCGCUGGCGAUGCUGAGCGGGAACGGGAUUCACCCGGAUUGCGUGGCGGCGGCGGCGGCGGUAAUGUCGGUGGUGACACAUACGGUGAUGGUGCCAGUGCCAGGUCUUCAUGUCUAUGGCGCGACAAAAUCCAGAUGAUCAACUCUGUCGCGUUCUCGCUUGAGAAGGAAUGCCUGCUGGUGCAGGUCGAUGCUGACGAGCUCUGGACGGCCGAGCAGCUGGUGCUGCUUCGGGAUAUGUUCUUGCUGGAGCGGAAAGGGGAUGGUGGGGGGAAUGUUCGGAACGCCGCAAGAAGCGAAGAGGAAGAGCAGCAAUCAUUUUCCGGAACCGCCAACGUGGUUGGCCAUUCCAGCGAAAGAUACGCGUUGAGUGACGAACACAAGCGGCUGGAGCAGCAGCAACGUGGCGGCCAACAACAGGAGGUGAACCAGCCACACCGCCGGACGGCCAGAAAAAGGGAGUGCGCCUACUUCGAUUGCCACUUCUUCGUCGGCCCAGAUCUAGUGACGGUCACGGAAGACGGUUGGGGCCAUUCAGCAUCCAACGAGUGGCUCCGAGCCUGGGUGUUUCGACCGCGCGAGUCCGUUUGGCUAAAGCACGCGCCGCCAGAGCUCGCCAGGCACGACGAGGCCACCGGCUGGAUGUUGUUGGCUGGCGACCAGUGCAUCGGGCGAGAAGAGACCAGGAAGCGCGGACUUGUUUUCACGCACUACGCGUAUGUUCUUGAGGAGCAGGUCCGGUUCAAGGACGAGUUCUACGGGCACUCGGACAUGGCGGCGACCGAGGAAAGUCUAACUAACGUAACAACGAAGCCGGCAGACCCCGUCUCCGAGUGGCGAGCACUUCAGAGAGCGGCCCCUCCCGUCCUUCUCGCCGACUUCUUGACGUGGCUGCGGGUGCAGGGGAGCACCCAGGACCCUCGCCUACUAACGACCGUCGCUGACCGUCCCCCUACUGGCUCUUCCACUUCCAGCCUGGGGCAGUGGUCUCGGCCGCACGGCAGCGGCGGGAGAGAAGAAGAAGGAGACUCAAGCGAGACAGCCCGUAGAGUGGAAGAUGGCCGCCAGGGCAAGCAGGGAGGUGUUGGCCUCACGGCAGGUGCUGCUGGAGUGUCUGACCUCGAAACGUUCCCCAACGACUCGGUCGUACCGCUAAAGCCGUUCCUCCAGCUAGAGGAAGGCGGCCGACGUCGACACGACAGGACUAACGGCAUCCAAGAUCAUGCGAGUGGUGCGGGGGAAGCCAGAGCCUCCUUUCUAACACACGAAGUACAUGCCGGUUUGAAGGAGCAUGGUCCAGGCGGAGGGCUACUGCCGGGGCCGGGGGGGAGGGGCGGAGACGAUCGGAACGGGCCAUUUGCGGAGGCGGCGACAUGUGGGGUUUUCCAUCUGGUGGUGGACGGGGUGGUGUUUCAAGUCGAUGCCGCUAAGCCGCAGGGGGUCAACCGGGUGUGGGCAAGCGUCCUACCGGCGAUUCUGGGUCGCCUCAGCGAAUUCGAAGGCACCUGCUUCACUCUUCUUCUUCGCGGUUUGGCCCCGCCUCCCCGAGUCAUCGAGGAGGCGUUUUUCGGUCUUCCCUCGGAACGGUUCACUACCAAGCACCUGCCACUGUACAACCCGUCCUUUGGCUACGUCGCUGAUGGGCUGGUGCUCUCGUGGGCCGUGCGGAAAGCGGGGGCGACAGCGUUUGUCAGCACGCUUUACACUCAGCCGCUCUGGGCUACAACACCCAACGUUGUGGGGCUCCUCUUAGUCCACGAUGUCCUGCCCGAAACCUUUGGUUGGGACAUGUCCAAGGGCGAGUGGUCACAAAAGGCCAAUGCCGUCGCCGAAGCUUCCAGCGUGGUUGCCGUAUCUCAGCACACCGCCAAAGAAUUCCUGCGUGUGUACCCUCCCGACAUCACGACGCCCUCAGCUAGCGGCAACGCGACCGGCAGCCACUCUUUAAGGUCCGUCUGGGUGGCACACAACGGCGUGGACACCGCGGUUUAUCGCCCGCUGACGUUCAACGACCACAACCACGUGCCAGACACCGCUGGCGAUCAGAGCAACACCAGUAAUACCAACGAGAGCGACGCAUUUCGACGACUGGCGCGCCUGGGGCCGGGUACCCCGUACGUGAUGAUCGUCGGCUCGAGGCACGGAUAUAAGAACGCCCGCGCUGCCUAUAGAGCGCUCGGCCUCGCAGCCACUCCAACCGUCGACGCUGCAAACUCCGGUUCAGCAGCACCUGGCGGCACUCUUGCGCUUGUCCUGGUCGGCGGCGGUCCCAUCCAGCCAGACGAACUCGAAGUUCUGGCAGAGGUUGGUUCAUGGUCACACGUCGGUGUUGGGUCGGGGAUGACAUCGGCAGACACAAGACAUAGAGCGGGAGGAGGAGGAGGAGGAGGAGGAGGAGGAGGAGGAGGAGGGGGGGGUGAAGAGAGCGAACCUGGUGUUGUAGACGAUAAUCUACUGGCCCAAGGCUAUGCGGGGGCAAAGGCACUUCUCCACCUCUCGCUUGCGGAAGGUUUCGGGUUGACCGUACUGGAGGCGUUCGCGUGCGGGUGCCCAGUGAUCGCCGCCGACAUCCCUCCCAUCAGAGAGAUCGCCGGGCUCCCGGCAACGGACGAAGAACGAACAGCCGACGCAGAAGGCACAGUACGGGUAGCGGGAUCAUCGGUCAGCGGAAGUGAUACGCCACCUCUGGCCUACGGUGACGGUGGAGAUAGCAGGGAAAGGGGACGAUACGACGGAGCUUCAUCUCCUUUGGAAGGGGGCUUGGUUCUGGUGGAAAACCCCGUAUCGGCGACCCAAGUGUGGAGAGCGGUGAGAGCGGUCGUGGCGAUGGACGCGGGGCGCCGGGCCGCCGCAUCGGAGGCCCUCGUGAGGCGUGCAAGGGCACUAAACUCUUGGCAACCAUUGGCGGACACGCUGAUCAAGGCAGCCGCAGAUUCUGCAUAG